AUGGCCGCCCAGGUCUUGCGCCCCUACGACAUCCUUCAGCCCCGCAGCAGGCCCGCCGCGAACCCUAACCCUAGGCCGCAGCAGCGACGCUCUUCCCUGGGAAAGCAGCGGGAGCGGUUGCCGAAGCCAGCGAAAGCCCCCGUACACGCGAAAGGUGCCGCCUUGGGUCGGCCGCACACUCCCCGGAAAGCAGCGGAAGUCUACGCCGGGUCGGGGUUCGCGAACUCGCCGGCCCCCAGCGCGCUGCCGCUGCCGCGGUUCUCCUCGAAGAAGGACGCGCCGGCGGUGGGCGAGUACUUGGCCACCAUGGCCCUGAGGCGAAUGCUUCGACUGGAGUAG